AUGACUAAAACUGAAAUGGAAGUCAAAUUAAACGAACUUCCCUUUGGUGAUGGAUCCAAUAAAAUCUUUGGAAUGGAGAAUUUCGGUAAUACAUGUUACUGUAAUUCCAUCCUUCAGUGUCUAUAUUAUACUGAGAAAUUCAGAGUAGAGUUAAUAUCCCACAAAAUAACUGAACAUGAUAAAAAGACCAACUUAUUUGGUAUAAAGACUCAUAAUUUUACCAAUAAAUAUGAAAUGUUAGUACAGAAACGUUUGAAAGAACAACAAAAGACUAUAAGUGAAGAUAGACCCAAAUCAUCAAGAAAAGGAUCGAUCUUUGGACUCAAAUUCAAUAAUGCUUCAUCUACCAACGGUCUGGCAAAUUUCCAAGAGAACAAUGUUCCUAAUAACUUCAUUUUUGACUUAAAAAACUGUGAAUUUUUAUCUAAUGAACAGAAAAUUCUUGUUUCCAAAGAUGAAGAUUUUCAGAAUCUUCAAAUCAUGAUAACAAGACCUUCACAGAAUACCAUAAACAAGCAACAAGCAUCAUCUAAGAAUGACUACAGUCAAAGUUCAUCGAUGCUUUUGAGUGAAACCAAUCAGAAUAACGAAACGAAAAAUGAUGGUGUGAUUUCUUCCCAGUCAAGUUACAUAGUUAUUGGUAUACCUUAUCCGGAAACCAAUCUUCAAAACCCUAUAAAUCCUUUCAACCAAAGUCCCACAUCUGACCAGAGGAAGAGGUCGGCAUUGAUCAACGGUCCUAUUAUUAAUCUAGAUCAUUCUUUACAAUUGCCAUCAGAACAAAAUGAUGAUUCUGCAUUAUUAUAUGCUUUGAAAGAUCUUUUCGAAUGUAUGGUGGAGAAUAGAUCUAACAUAGGAGUAGUUUCUCCUAAUUACUUCAUCAAUAAGUUGAAGGAAAAGAACUACCUCUUCAGACAAAACAAUAUGCAUCAUGAUGCUCAUGAGUUUUGUAAUUACUUGAUCAAUGAAAUCAUUGAGAGUUUGAAUAAAGAAGAUUUCGGUAAUAAUUGGUGUAAUAGACUAUUCCAAGGUGUUAUUACUAAUGAAACUAAAUGUUUGAGUUGUGAAACCAUCACUUCCAAGGAAGAGACUUUCUUAGAUUUAUCAGUAGAUGUUCCACCACAUUCUAAUUCCAAUUCUUUAACUCAUUCCUUGAACAAUUUCUCCAAAUCAGAAGUUUUGACUCAUCAGAAUAAAUUCUAUUGUAAUUCAUGUUCUUCCUUACAAGAAGCCAUUAAGACUAUCAAAAUCAAAUCUUUACCUGAGAUUUUGAUCAUCAACUUCAAGAGAUUCAAAUAUGACGAUAAGUUAGAUAAGAUGGUUAAAUUGUUUGAUUCAAUAUCGUAUCCUUUGAAGUUGAGAUUAUUCAACACUUCGUCAGAUGAAUUCCAGUUAUAUGAGUUAUAUUCUUUGGUGAUCCAUAUCGGAGGAGGACCAAUGCAUGGACAUUAUAUAUCGUUAUGUAAGGUCAAAUCCAAGAUGUGGAUGUUAUUCGAUGAUGAAACUGUAGAGAUGGUAGAUGAAUCUUUCGUUAUGAAAUUCUUUGGUACAGGGCCUGGUUUAGCUAGUGCUUAUAUCUUAUUUUAUCAGAAAUGUGAUUAUUUGGAAAAAGGUGAAGAGUCCAAAUUAGAUUUUGGUUUCAACGUAGAGGAUUUAUUCAAUGGUAAUGACUAUCAUGCACAUUCGAAUUCGGUAAUUUCUAAUCACAGUCAAUCAUCGGGUAAUUCGUUGAAUCAUUCAAAUUCUCAGAAUCAUUCGAAUACUUCCAAUACCACCAUUAACCCCACUGUCAACAGUGCCUCCAAUUCACCCAACCCCUUUGCUGAUGUUCACUCAAUAGAGAAUGACGACAGAAAGAAUUUGUUCAAGAAGAAUUUCAAAUUAGAUGACUCCAAUACUCCUUCAAUGUCAUCAUUUUCCAAUAUUUCCAAUUUGCCAUCGAUCCCGCCUACAGCCCCUUCAACUUCUUCCAACACUCCAUCAGCUACCAAAAAACCUUCCAUUCCUCAAUUGUCCAUACCCUCCAAUCCAGGAUCAAGUGUUCCUAGUCCUGUGAAUGAAGUAAAAGAACGUAAGAGUUGGGUAGGUAGUUUAAGAAGAGAACUGAAAGUGGAAAAGGAAAGAAAAUCAAGUUUGAGCUCUAGUUCUUCGAAGGAACCAGAAAAGGAAAGAAAGAAACUGAUUUUCGGUUUUAAACGUAAAUAG